ACUAUAUAUACUUCGAUUACUAAAAGUUUUGCAUAUACAUUUAGUGUUUGGUCGUUAAUCUGUUCGUAUCCACAUUUGAUAUUCUACACCAAUAAUGCAAGGAAUUAAGACCGUCGCUCUGCUGUGCGCAGCUCUCGCCUGUGCUACGUACGCGGCCGAAGAACCGUCGGCUCCGGCGCAGUACGAUUUCACGUACGCGGUAAACGACCCGAGCACGGGCGACCAAAAGGACCAGCAGGAGACGAGAAACGGCGACGACGUGACCGGCUACUACCGCACGUUGGACUCGGACGGCUACGUGCGCACGGUCAAAUACAGGGCGGACGCGGUCAACGGUUUCACAGCCGAAGUGAUCCGCGAGCCCACCGGUGCCACCGUGCCCGUGCCCGUGGCCGCGCCCGCCGUGCCGGUGGUCGCAAAGGCCGUGGUGAAACCGGUGAUCGCCGCGCCCGCACCAUACGUCGCUCCGGUGCCGUACGUUCCAGCCGCCCCCGCUGUCGCUCCGUACUACUACGGAUCGUCCGCGUACCCGUACAACUACCAGCCGUACUCAUACGGGUACCAACCGUACCCGUACUCGGCCGCGUACUCACCGUACUCUUACAGCCAGUACCCGUUCAACAGCGCGUACACCGCUCCGGUCGUCCGCAAGUGAAAAUGCCGUAACCCAACGGUUCCUCGGCACCGCCGGCUCGUGUACAACGUACACAAACGACUUCCACGCUGCUUGAAGUCUCGCGGAUUCGCUCGCGAAAUACUUGGCCAGCUCUCUUCUGCUGUAUUUUUUAUCUUUUGAACAAUGUAUAUUUUCUUGGUGUGAUCUUACGUUUUUGAAUGAUGGUGUAAUAUAAUAAUAAUAAUUGAAUAAUGAUGUACGAUUAA